GGUGGGAGGCGUGGUCUGAUGACGUAGGGCGGGAGGCGGCGAUGGCGGUGAAUUUGACUCCGCGCUUCCGGCGGUUGGAUAGCGGCAGGUCCUUGAGACUGAGAGCGCACUUGGAACCUUUCCAUGCAACUCGGCUCUGGAACAACAUUAUCCAUGCCCUGCAGUUGCAGGUGGAGGUGAGGCAGUAUCGACGCUUGUGGAGAACCCACGACUGCUGCUUCACCGGUGCCGCUGCGGUUGACGUGGUCCUCAGUCACCUCAUGCAGAAUGUGUACUUCGCCAACAGCGACGUUUCGCGUCUGAAAGCAGCACAUCUCUGCCAAGCGCUGAUGGACCACAGAGUGUUUGAGCCCGUUAGUACAAGACUCUUCAACAAAGAACAACAGACAAUGUUUGAGGACCGCAGUAGUAAUCUCUACAGGUUUGUAGACGAUGGUAUUCCCUCAGGAGGGGAACUGGGAAGGAAGAAUUUGUACCAUCAAGAGAGACUGGUGCCAAGGAAGACGAGUCUCAAACCAGAUAAAAUAAUCUUUGAAAAUCCCAUUGCCUUGGAAGCUUGUGAGAAAAGAAUUGAAGAAGUUUUGCAAUCAAUCAGCCUUCGUCCAUCACCACCCACAAACCUAAAAAUAAAAGCACCAACCAGCCUGCUGCCUACGAAAGUUGUUGAGGAUAUUUGGAAGCAGGCGACUUUAUUGCAGCUGCUGCAUUUAAUUCACCUUCCCAUCCUGGACAGCAUUCUGCAACCCCCCGUGAAGGUGGAAAGAAGAGGAGCAGUUCAUAUCAAUCGGCAUUCUGACCUUGUUAUCUCCAACACGUUCCUGGAUCGAGAGGUUUCUAAGAGCCUAAAUCUACCUUACACUGAUGAGUGGCUGUUGGCUGCUAUGGAUUGCCUGGAUAUUUGCCCGGACCAGUUGGUUGUGCACGCAAGUGAGCUGUUAUCUCAGACCACGAAGGACGUUGAUGCUGCAGAGACCUACAAAAGGAUUCUGUUUGAAACUAUGGCAAAGCACUACAGCCAGAACAGGGAGCCGCUUUUGUGCAGCCGGUAUCACGACAUACAUGCUGGGAUAAUUAAACUUAUGGAAAGUGGGGAGACUGGACAAGCUCUGGAAGCUGCUCAGCUUUGUAUUCGGUUAUUGGAGCCUACCUGGAGAGAGGAAUUGCACAGAUUGCUACCCUUCAUGGCUGUUGCAGGGAGCCCUGGUGCCUACAAACUACAGAAACAGAAUACCAACAGGACCGUGGUGAAGAGAACGUUUACCAAAGCUAUUGUUCAGAACAAGUCUCUGUCCAAGGUCCAGACUGAGGGGCUGGCCAUGUUCCUCAUGGACAACCACACUGAGGUUUUCAAGAUCCCCACUUCUUUGCUUCAAAUGGUCAGGAAGAAGCUCCUUUCUCUUCAGGAAGGAAGGAAUCCCAAUGCUAUUGCAGGCUUUACAUUCUGCAAGCGUGUAACGCAGAAAGAGUUUGAGGAACAGAAACUUCAGACCACUUUUGAGCAACUUCAACAGUUAAUGCAGGAUGUCAGUCAAGACCGCAACACGUGUGGAAAGGAAAGAAACCGGCUACUGCAGGACUUCCGGAAGCACCAUCCCUCCGUGUUCUCUCACUGCUUCCCAAACUGCUGGUUAGAAGCAGAACAUCAGUAAGAUGGUUCUCAAGGUUCAGCAACUACUUGUAGCAUUUUGAGUGAUUACUUGAAUUUCAUUGUAUGGAUCAUAGAAUUGUAACAGUAAUAGCACUGGAGCUGACACGGUAACUGUGACUGCAAGGUUUUUUAUUAUUGUGCUAUAAUCUAAGUUUGAUUCUCUUUCAAUUUAAUUUGCACAAAAUGAGAAUAAUACUACUGAUAAAUAUUGCACAUUAAGUUUUUCAGAUGUAGUCAUUGUGCUCCCUCUACCUGAGGGAUGAUGUAUAAUGCCAAUUUUCUGAAUGGAGAGCUUUGUCCACUGGCUCAAUUUGAUAUCUUGGCGCAGCGGUAGAGUUGCUGCCUUACAACGCUAGAUAUCGUGGUUUGAUCCUGACUAUGGGAGCUGUCGGUACGGAGUUUGUACUUUCUCCCUGUGAACGUGUGCUCUGGUUUCCUCCCACAUUCCAAAGACGUGCAGGUUUGUAGGUUAAUUGUCCCCAGUGUGUGAUGCAAAACUGGGAUAGCAGAGAACCAAUGUAUGGGUGAUUGCUGGUCAGGGCGGACUCAUUGGGUCCAAAGGUCUGUUUCCACACUAUAUCUCAAAACUAAAGUAAACUAACCUACAAUCUUCAUGGGGCUUGCAAACAGGUGAGGUUCCUCCAGAAGUGGGAACUUUUCAUACCCUCUUGUAUAACUAUUUUAACUCCCCGUUCCCAUUCCUUUACUGACCUUUCUGUCCUGGAUCUCCUCCAUUGCCAGAGUGAGGCUACAUGCAAACUGGUGGAACAGCACCUCGUAUUCAACUUAGGUAGCAUACAAGCUGACGGUAUGAACAUUAAAAUCACCAAUAUUAUUACAACUCAGCAUUAUGAACAUUGAAUUGUCCAAUAGUAUUACAACCCAGCGGUGUGAACUUUGAAUUGUCCAAUAUUAAGUUGCAACCACCCCUUUUUCUUCCCCCUCUCUUUUCUCUGCCCCACCCUGUGCAAACCUCUUUCUCCCACUACUCAACCACCCCCUUUUUCCAUCCCCUUCCACCCCUCCCUCCCCUAGUUUUACAUUUCACUUAACUGACAUCCUUCUUUCUUUUUCAACACUUGCUUUUGUCUAUCCUUCUGUUGAUCAACUUCACCUCAAUGAUAUCCCACCAGUAAGCUUGCCAGGAUGUGUCCAUCCCCCAGCUUUCACCCCCAUCCCCAACACAAUUGUCUGAAGAAGGGUCCUGAUCCAAAACAUAACCUAUCCAUAUCCUCCAGACACUACCUACUGAGUUACUCCGACACUUUGUUUUCUUAAACCAGCAUCUGCAGUCCCUGGUCUCUCCACGCCAUCUUUUCUCCGAUUGGAGCAGCUUCACGGUGCCAUAGAAAUAUGAUGGACAUUUCAUGAGAAAGAAUGAUCCAACAACCACCUGCUGUCUCUGCACGUAGUGGACUCCAUGAAUUAUGUUGCGCCCUUGCACUGGGCAUGGUGUAUUAUUCUUCACUCAAAUCGUGGAAGAGGUUUAAAUUAGGAAAGUCGUAAACUAAGUGGGAGGUAAACUGCAGAAGUAAGCUUAACAUCCUGUUUCCUAACUCUGAGGGGCAUCUUAUCUUGAGGGCGGCACAAUGGCGGUGCGGUCUACUUGCUGCCUUACAACGUCAGAGACCUGGGUUUGAUUCUGACUACUGGUGCUGUCUGUAGGGAGUUUGUACAUUCUCCCUGUGACCACAUGGGAUUUCUCCAGGUGCUUCGGUUUCCUCCCACAGUUAACAUGCAUGUUUGUAGGUUGAUUGGCUUCGGUAAGUUGUAAAAUUGUCCCUAGUGUGCAGCAUAGUGCUAGUGUCCAGGGUGAUCGCUCGUUGGUGUGGACCUAGUGCGCCGAAGGGCUGUUUCCACGCUGUAUCUCUAAAUCAGGAUCAUUAAUAUGCACUAAGGAUAUAUACAGUACCAACAAAACUGAGAAAAUUGGGGAGAUUAAUUGCAGAAAAAGCUGGAUGCUUCUUAUAUGUAAUGUUCAAUAAGAAAAAUGGUAAACAAUGUAAUUUUCUGUCAUGUAAUAAAUUAAUAUAACUAGG